GAAAUAGAAGAAAUCACAGAACAAAUCACGUCAAAUAAUGUGAAACUAGCAAAGGCCCAGGAAGAGAUCAGUGAUCUAAAGAUACAAUGUAAGGUUCUUGCUGAUAAUUCUGAUACCCAAUCCUUUAAAACGGUCCAAAGUAAGCCUAAACCAACAGAGGUGUCAAUCGAUUCUAUCGAGAAGUCGAAGCCAUCAGUAGCCCUUAUCGGUUCUUCGAUUUUGAGCUUGGUGAAAACAAGUCGUAUGCAUGAUAUGGACGCCUACUUAGAACAUGCAUACACCAUACCACAAGCCAGAAAAUCUCUGGAAAGUUUAAAGAAGCCAGAUGUUGUAGUAUACCAGGUUAUUAGCAAUGAUAUCAAAGAUAGUCAAAAAACGGACACUGACAUAAUCGACGAGAUGCAUACUCUGGUAAAUGAGACUAAGAGGAAACUUGGAAAUACGAAGAUCGUUCUAUCUUUACCACCACCAAGAAGCGACAAUGAAUUAUGGAACAUUAGAUCAGCAUCCAUAUCAGCCCAGCUACAAGCCAAAUAUCAUGAUGAUCGACAGGUUACAUGCUCUCUAAACAGCAACCUUGGAAGAAAUGGAACCCCAAACACAUCUUUAUACAGAGACGGAGUUCACCCAAACGAAAGGGGUACAUCAGUUCUAUGUAAAAACAUCCUCGAUUGCAUUAGGAAACUAUGUAACAUCACUCCCCCACAAAGGUUUGGUCCUAAGAGACCAUUUCAAGGCCAGAGAAAGUGGUUUGAUAGAUGGUGAAACUAACCAUCUAAACACACCAUUUGUUAAUUACUGAAAAGUACAUGUAGUGUUGGGUAUGAAAUACCAUUUAUAUUAAGUCUUAGUACAAG